ACUCCAUAGUUAUUUGGCGUGUCAGCCAAACAAUAGGCUCUCGUAUUCAAUUGCAGUUUACAUACUAUAUACAUUUUUGAAGAUGGUGAUUUUAACAGUAAUUUUAACUUGUCCGGGGGAAUAAAGAAACGAUCAGAAAGUGGGGCAUUCUCGAUUUAAUUUGAAUUAAGACAAAUACAUUGUUUGUAUUGGUAUAAUCGGAAUGUAGGCGAGCCCAUGCACAAUGCUAAUAUAGGGGUAUUUUGUACGCGGCCGCAUUUUUACAUUUAUUUUAAUCCGUAUUCUGAUGGGAGCGAGCGUUUCGCGUAGUUAUUUUAAAUAUUUAAAACAAUGCUCUAGGUCGGAAUGUAUGUAUUUGGCGAGUUUGCUGUUUGAUGGUUAAUGCACGCAGCGUACGUCCUCCCCCUACAGAUACCACUGAUAGAACAGCCUGUUGUGGGGCCUCCGCAGUAGGGAGUGUUUAGAUCGCUUAGGAACCGAAAGUUACGUACGCCUGCGAGGGGUUGUCAGUAAACUUUGGAAAACAUAGUACAAAAAUCCCGAGUUUUUGAAGUUUAGUACUUCAGCGUUUGUAGCCAGUCCGAUACGGAAAGGGGACUGCUGAAGGUAACUGGCUGGAUCUCCGCGUCCCAAAUCUUAUGAUGCCUACGUUGCGGGACAGCACCAUGUCCCACCCCGGCGAAAAUCCUCACCAAGUCCGGGUAAAAGCUUACUACAAGGGGGACAUCAUGAUCACCUACUUUGAGCCCAGCAUCUCCUACGACAUGCUGUACGGCGAAGUACGAGAAAUGUGCUGCAUGGACAAUGACCAGCUCUUCACCAUGAAGUGGAUCGACGAGGAAGGCGAUCCCUGCACCGUGUCCUCACAGCUGGAACUGGAGGAGGCGCUGCGUCUAUACGAACUCAACAAGGACUCGGAACUCAUCAUCCACGUGUUCCCCUGUGUUCCUGAGAAGCCUGGCAUGCCCUGUCCAGGGGAGGACAAGUCGAUCUACAGACGGGGCGCGCGACGCUGGCGGAAGCUGUACUACGCCUACGGGCACGCCUUCCAGGCCAAGAGAUUCAACAGGCGGGCGCACUGUGCCAUCUGCACGGACCGCAUCUGGGGUCUCGGUCGACAGGGUUACAAGUGCAUCAACUGCAAGCUUCUCGUCCACAAGAAGUGCCACAAGCUGGUGACGGUGGAGUGCGGCAGGCAGCCGGUACGGGAUCCCAUUAUCAGAUCGAUGGGCCAGGCACCUGCCCCGGCUGACCCCAUGGAGCCAGUGAUCCCAUACAAACUGUCAAGCGAGAGUCUAAAUGACGACGGGGAAGAGAAAGAGGCCAUGAGCAGCAGGGAAACCAGCAAAGGGAUGUCUAGCCUGGGCCUGGCGGACUUCGACCUGCUGCGGGUCAUUGGGCGUGGGAGCUACGCCAAGGUGCUGCUGGUCCGGCUCCGAAGGACGGACCGCAUCUACGCUAUGAAAGUGGUGAAGAAGGAGCUGGUCAACGACGACGAGGACAUUGACUGGGUGCAAACAGAGAAGCAUGUCUUCGAGCAGGCCUCAAACCACCCCUUCCUAGUGGGGCUGCACUCCUGUUUCCAGACAGAGAGCAGACUCUUCUUUGUCAUUGAGUACGUGAAUGGGGGAGACCUGAUGUUCCACAUGCAGCGACAGCGGAAGCUUCCAGAAGAGCACGCCAGGUUUUACUCGGCAGAAAUCAGCCUGGCCUUAAACUACCUUCAUGAGCAUGGAAUCAUCUACAGGGACUUGAAACUGGACAACGUCCUGUUGGAGUCAGAAGGACACAUCAAGCUGACGGAUUACGGCAUGUGCAAGGAAGGCUUGCGGCCCGGAGACACGACCAGUACCUUCUGUGGAACGCCCAACUACAUCGCCCCCGAGAUCCUGCGGGGAGAGGAGUACGGUUUUAGCGUGGACUGGUGGGCGCUGGGGGUGCUCAUGUUCGAGAUGAUGGCCGGCCGUUCGCCGUUUGACAUCGUGGGUAGCUCGGACAACCCCGACCAGAACACUGAGGACUACCUCUUCCAAGUAAUCCUGGAGAAACAGAUCCGAAUCCCCAGGUCCUUGUCAGUCAAGGCGGCCAGUGUGCUGAAAGGAUUCCUGAACAAGGAGCCCAAGGAACGCCUUGGUUGUCAUCCCCAGACUGGCUUUGCUGACAUUCAAGGCCAUCCCUUCUUCCGCAACGUGGACUGGGAGCUGAUGGAGCAUAAGCAGGUAGUCCCCCCUUUCAAGCCCAACAUCUCCGGCGAGUUUGGCCUGGACAACUUCGACGCGCAGUUCACCAACGAGCCGAUCCAGCUCACGCCUGACGACGACGACGUGGUCAGGAAGAUCGACCAAUCCGAAUUCGAGGGCUUCGAGUACAUUAACCCGCUGCUGAUGUCCGCCGAGGAGUGCGUGUGAGGAUACGUCUGGUCCCCGCUUCCCUGGAGCCUCCGUCCUGCCCGCCCUGCCUGCCGCAUCUCGCUGGCGUGUUUAUCCUCCUCUGCUAAUCGCCAAACUUCUCGGUCCCUGCCAUUUGUAACCACUAUCCCUAAAGUGUCACUUUUUUUAUGUUUGACCUUUGUAUCCCAUGAACUCGCACUGGUUGUCUGGUACUGUAACGCUGAUGAUGCUGACAUGGCCAGAUAGUGGAGACCAAUGAUUUGGGGUCAUUUCCAGGUUACCUUGCCCAGGGAGGAAAACGUGUGCGGUAUAUAGGAAGCAUGUUUGCAAUUCUCAGCUGACGAGGAGGCCUGUGUAUUUUAUGUGAACAUAUAAUAUUAAAAAAGUUACAUAUAGUAUUAAAAAAAUAUACUAUAUGUAACUAAAAAAAAGUUCAGUUCAGGGUGGUCUUCAACUGUGUAAGCCUGAAUAUAUGCAAACGGUUCAAGGCAUACACUCUUAGGAGACCCCCCACUCCCCCCAGUAACUUAAGUCCAGAAACUGAGGGAGGGAAACACUAAGUUAAAAAAAAACAACAAAACGCUAAUCUAUUUCCAUGUUUUAUUUAAUUAAAAGUCUAUAAGCAAAAUGCACAAGUGUUAUACUUGCCCUGGUUUGUUAUAAGGACCAGAGCUGUCUGCUUAGUAUGUGUGUGUAUGUGUGUGUGUGUGUGUGUGUGUGUGUGUGUGUGUGUGUGUGUGCGCGCGCACAGCGCACAUUUUUUUUUUAUCUAUGUGAGUGUAAAUUUUGAGCUCGCCUCAACAAUGAGUUGAAAUCGCAUAGCAGGCAGUUUAGAAUGAAGGGAUCGCUCCUUUAGAAACUGUGAACAAAAGGACAUUUACUCUACCCCCAUGUCUGGAAUCUGAGCGUAGCGUCGUCGCGGCUGGCUGUCCGUGCCAUCUUCGGUCACGCAGGACUAAACGCUCGGUUUCGGAGAGCGGGGAGAGUGUGCCCUCGGUUGCCCCGCUGGAAGAUCCUUCACGUGUGGCUCAAGGUGAGACUAGUGUAGUUGUUGCAGAGGAACGAGAAAUGCCUUCAUUUCCCGCGAUGUCUCACUUUGCCUUUCUUUCGCUGUUUUUUUUUUAUUUUUAAAAACACUUCUGCAUGUUUUAUUUCCUGAUUACUGGAAGUUCAGUAUUUUUUUUUUCCUUUUCGUUUCUGCGUGUUUUUCACUAUUGACAAAUGUUUUGGACGUAAAUAUUUUUUCUGUGCCUGUAUAUACAUGUGGAUGUCUCCUCAGAUCGGUCAUUAUGAUCGUCUGGUGUAUCCCACAAUUAUUUAGGAGUGAUGCUGAAAGUUUUAAAUGAUCGCUGCAGAAUGAAACUUCUCAUUUUAAAUUGCCAUUUUGAAGACGCAUGAGUUAUAGAUCUCGGCAUAUUUGGUUUUCUGUUCACUCAUUUUCCAAAACUGGGAAAUCGUAACAGACAUGGUGGCAACUAAAACAAACACUAGCGAUGUCUUUUUGCUUUUGAGCAUUUUCUCUUUCACAUGUUAAAUGUUUUAUAAAAUCCAUUGUUUUAUAAUUUUCUUUAUGGGGUAACCUGUCUAUGGAAAAAAAUACUAAAAAUAAAUCAGGACCGGAUGGGAUUA